CUCGUCUCGAGUCCUCUAUAUCUGUCCAGUUAAAACGUCCGUCCGACAUUACCCGCCGUUGCAUUUAGCAAAUAGCAACUUCACGUCUUUUUCCACAAGCUUACUCUUCCUAACAUUCCUAUUCUCCAAAUCCUCUCUUUACGUUUGCAAGCUCGCUGUUUGGGAAAGGAAUCACUCUUAUAUGGAAGAAUUACGAUUAUUGAUCAUCUUCGUGCUGUUCCAGCAACACUAGCUAUGGGGUUGCACAAUUUUCUUCUGCGGAGGCUGGUGUCUCUGCUGCAGCCAUGGCUGCCAGAGGACUCGGACCUUCAGCUGAAUUUUGGGUUUACUCGUUCCACCAUCGAUGCCCACAAACUUCAUUUGAAGGUUUCGUCUUUCAAUGAGCUAAUUGAGGAGACCGCGACAAGCAUGUCCUUCAAAGAGGUGAUUGUUGACCGCUUGAGCGUUGUGGUCACUUACUGGCCUUUUCCAGCCUUCGAUAUCAAACUACAUGGUGUCCAUGUAACGCUAUCUAUCAGGGAGGUGAUUUCGAGGGGAAAACAGGAUUCGGAUAUCGCAUUUUCUGAAAUCCUGAAGAAGAAUCUAUCUGCUAUUGAUCCGGAGGGUGUUACUUUGCAUGAUCUUAUGAAGAGUUUUCUGGACCCUCCACCAAGAUACCAGUUGAAAACAGCUUUUAAAUAUCUACUACUCAAACGUGGUUGCGUACAGAUGUCUAAUAUCGACUUUGUACUGGAGUUCCCAAGCUUUAACUAUGUUUUUGGCUGUUCCUUGAACAUAAAGUGUCUAAAUGCCAAAUUUGAAAAUCGAAAUCACGGAUGCCUUCAUGAGCUUAUACAUGCGAUCUUAAAACCAUUAUCACAUGGCUGCCUUGCCAUCACUGGCAACGAUCUUGAGAUCUUGUUGAAGUGGGAAACUCAGAUUAGUAGAAUCUUGAAUUUAAAAGUUAUAUUCAGUCGCUGCAAAAUGUAUGAUCUUCAGCUUGUUGAUGUGAAUCUUAGAAUUCCAGAAUUAAGUCUUUCAGUUACUCCAGUUGUGGUUUCGAUAUAUUCAGUAUUAAAUGGAAUGUCAUCUAAAGAAUACAAAUUUUCUAGAAAUGGCAGAGAACUUUGGAAACUAGCUGCUCGAAGAAUUAGCCACAUUACUUCAUCGCCAGGAAUGUCAUGGCAUCAUCUUGUCACUGUUGUGAUGCUGUGGGUACAGUAUGUCAAUGUCUACGAACUUUUACUGCUAUUAACUGGAUAUCCUAUGGCCAAUUUGAUGAAAAAAUUCACUUAUAAGAUUUCUUCGGAUAGAGAACUCUUCACUUUCUUUAAGAAACAUUUGAUGACAAUUCUGGAUAUUGAGAAAAAGUUACCAAUUGGAUCCAUCGCACAGGGAAGAAAAAUAGCACGAUAUAGAGCCAUCAAGAACAUUGAAGACAAAAAGGAAGUAUCUAGCAUCGUCCAGUUAAAAUUCUUUUAUCAGGUCUUUUCAUUGCUUUUAUGCAUUUGGAAAAUGUUAUGCAGUAUUUUUCGUUUCAUAGAAAGAUGCAUAGUUAAAACCUUGACUCAGCCACGGAAACUGGAUGGAUGUUUCAAAAUUGUACGUCCAGAUUCAAAUUCACAGUUUUGCUUUAUGUUGAAUACUGGAAAACUGUUGGUGUCUAUUUAUCCCCAAGAUGACAUUCAGCCCCAAAUGUUUGAAAACCUUAAAUCAAGUUUUGGGAUUCCGUCCUUUUUUAUUUCUUUCUGUUUUUCCUUUGAUUCACUCCUAGUCAUGUACAUGGUAGAUCUUUGUGAACAGUCUCUACUCGUGUCCUGUGAUCAAUUCAAUGUUACUCCCUUACCUUCUGUGAAGGCGUCCAGUGAUAAAGUCUGUUCUGUUGAUCUCUUAAAGUCUCUUGAAGGGUGUGGGAUGGAAGGAGAAAAUAAUCUGAAAUCUAUCAUUCAUGGUGAACCUGCAUGGAGCUUUUUUCCUUCUAAUGGUCGUGAAAUAGAUAUUGGUUGCAAUCAAUUCAUAUUUAAAUAUUUGGAAGACAUGUGGGUGAGAUGGAAAUCUGUAUGCAGGAAUCUUGAAGAAGAUAUGAUUGCAUAUUCAGAUAAUCCUUGGUUUCUUUGUGAAAUUAGUAGCUCAAUGACAAAAUCAGUGCUUGAGAAUUCAAAUACUUCAUUAUGGAAAUGCAAUUUAGCUUUGGGUAAGCUAAAUUUUGUGUUGCGGUAUUCGUCUAUAUUAUCAGCAGCUUUGCUCCUUCAAUUGGCUUAUUUGUGGACUGAGGAUGAGCAAAGUCCUGAAGUUUCUUUGCAUCCACCAACAGUUGCUGUAGAUAAUAGGGAAGCCUGUUUGAAUAAUAAGUAUGAGAACUGUGCUAGUCAAAUGAUGACACCAUUGCUUGAAAAGUUACCACUGAAAAACAUUCAAGUUGCAAUGCACAUAGCUGGUUCUAACAUCAAAAUGGCACUUGGAAAGGACUUCAGUGAUGGCGACGAAAUAUCCAGUGAGAUAUCCCAUAAGGGUGACUCACUCAUUGAACUUGAUGUGCAUGCUGUUGAAAUUGCUGUAUGCCCAACUUCCAGUUCUGAUUUCGCACUUCUAAUGGAGGACUCCUCAGAAGCAGACAAAGAACUGGAGUGUCUCUCUUUGAAAAAACCUCAUAUUUCACCAAUCGGUAGUGAAAAAUAUACAUCUCAAGAGUUGGUUUCCCUCUGGUUCUACCUACAACUCAAAGGGUUAAAAGCUUAUUUCGGAAGUUUGGAUGGGAUACAAGAGAAAAACCAAAUAUUUAUUUUUAACCCAAUGCUGAUCUUAUCAUCAAUUGUCAGGAAAUCUGUUCACUCAUUUAGCGAGAAUUUCAAUGCCUUCUCAGUAGCUUUUGACUGUACAACAACAGGUUUCACUUCUUUAUCAUAUAUGGAGGAUUUAUAUCUUCUCAUUAAGGUCAUAGGAAAUUUGUCCCCUGCAAUUUCUUAUCUUGGCUCUUGUAGUUGGUAUCCGCAGGAAUUCAUGAAACAAAAUAUCAUGCUCACAAAGCCCAUGUCGAAGUUUGAAUAUGUGAAAGGAGCCUCGAUAAGUUGUCAUACUAGUUCAAUGGUUCAUGGGGCCUUUAAGAUUAAGCGGAUCGAUGCCAUUCUUCAUAAUUCCCGGAGGGGUGACACUUUCAAGAGUACUAAGAUCUUUUCAAAUAGCCAGAAAAUGGCAGAGAUCAAUUCCCCUGAUUGUGGAAUUUGGAUGUCUGUUGAUCAGGGUAGAGUCAAGGUAACAUGUGAAGAGGAUAGAGUUGAUAUUAUUACUGAUAUCUCUAAUAUCAAUUCAUUUAUAUUUAGGUAUCACAAUAGUGAUAUAGAUCAAUCUGUACCCAAAUUUCUGCAGACGCAAUUACUUAAUUGCAAUCUUUACUUCUAUCAUCAGAUUUCUCUUUCUGAUUUCAUGCUUAAGUUAUCUUUGAGUUCACGUAGUGGCUCAUCCUCAGAAGGGCUGACGAAUAUUCACCAUAGUUCUAUUUCUAGAAGUAAUGGAUUGAAUGUUGAGAAUUCUGACAUGGCAGUUGAUUCUGAGGGGCCAGGUGGACGGUCUGUCUUUGUUCAGGAUCUGGACUUUGUUUCACAAUUUUCAAAUUUUCAGUUGCUUGUAAAUAUUGCAAUUAGUAGGAUUCUCAUAACGAGGUGCUCAAUGUAUGACAUCUUAACUGAAGCACAUCAACUGAGUAAACUUUCGUCAGAUCUCUCUGUUGGGGAAGACUUUCGUUGGAAGAUUCAGGGUGGUGUUAUUUUCCUGGAAACAUUGGCUUUGACAUUCUUUGUUAAUUGUUUCCAUAAAUACUGUCAUGCCAUUGGGAGUCUUUUGUCUGUGUUGCAAUUUUCUGAUCAACAAGAUAAGAAGGGUCAAGAAAUGGCAGAAAUCACCAGAUUGGAGGAAAGUGCUACCGACAAUAUUGUUGGCAAGACUACCGACGAUCUUUUAAGAGUUAAAGGGAAACUUCUGGAAGUUUUUAUCCUCAAUGUCUCCAACAUUUCUCUUGUUCUCGUAGUAAAAGAUGGAUCUGAUGUGAUUCGGGAAUUUGUGAUUGAAGCUGAUGCCAAUUUAAAAUUUCAAUUGGCUGAUAAUAAGAAAGAACUUAGAAUUAGUCUUUCUCACUUGUCAAUUCUCUCCCAACAAAUUAGGGGAACCUUGCAAAACAAUAUUCAAAUUCCUCACUUUUCUUCAAAUUUGUUUUCCCACCCCGCAGCUGGAGAACUUGCUGCAAGUUCUCAGCAUGCGAAGAGAGUUCAUAUAGAUAAUGAUGCAAGUAGUUCCAAACAUCCAGUUUCUCAUAAAAACUUUUCUGGAAGUAGUCAUUUCACUGGGCCUUUUUGUUUUAGCUGUCGGCAUUAUUUGUUGGAGAACUUAGUCGCUUCCUUGUCAAUUGAGAAGACAUGUAGGGAUGGUAUAGGCAUAUUAAGUAAAGCUUGGGCUGGCAAAGGCUCUUUGUCAGGGUUGGAUCUCAUAUUGUCUCAUUCUGAAAUACAGGCAAUUUUUUUAUUGGUUUCAUCAUUUUCUGGACUGUAUGACAAGGAAAAGACAAACAAGCAUAAAAUGCAAUGGUCUGGCGGUCAGCAAGUUGAUGCCAAUAACACAGAGACAUUUACCACCCUUGUUCCUGAUGGUGCGAUUGUUGCAAUCCAAGAUAUCCAUCAGCACAUGUACUUCUGUGUAGAAGGUUAUGACAGAUACAAUUUAGUUGGUGUAAUGCACUAUUCUCUUAAGGGAGACCGGGCUUUAUUCAGGGUUGAAUACAAGAAAAGGAGGAUAUCCUCGUCAUCGGUUUGGUUCUCCUUGAUAUCAUUGUAUGCAAAGAAUGCUGCAGGCAAACAAUUAAGGCUGAACUGUUGUCCUCAAUCUGGAGUUGUAAACAUAUCUGGCACUGAUGAUAGGGAUACGACACUAUGGAGAAUAUUUUCUUCGACUCCUAGAGGUCAAAAUGGUGAUACCGACUGGGAAGCAUACAACCAUUUUUCUAAAAGAAGUUUUUAUCUAGUGAACAAGAACAAUGACUGUGGUAUUGCCUUUGUUGAUGGGUUUCCAGAGUUUGUCAGAAAACCUGGAAAUCCUUUUAAGUUUAAAAUUAUUCGUGAUUUUCCUACCGUUCAUGGUGUUACUGAUUAUCUUACUGGGACCACUGGAACCACUGGAACCAGUCAUGAACAAAAUUCAAACCUGGAUGAGAGAUUAUCUGGAACUAAGGAGACGUUUCCAAUAAUAGAUAUUUCAAGUUAUUUCUCUCUCACCAUUGUUCAUGACAUAUCUGACACGAGUGACAUAUUGCCUCUCAUUUGUGGUUGUCUCAGUAAUAUGAAACUGACCCUACAAAUUUCAUCAAAUAAAACCAGGGUUCUUUGCACAUCCACUGCUGAAUUACAUUAUUUUGAUGCCCGAAGAUACUUAUGGCAAUGGAUUCUUAGCCCAGUUGACUUUUGCCUUUAUUACCGUUUCAGUGCUAAAAGCAGUAGCACAGAAACAAUUUUGCAUGGGGUUCCUGUGCAUAUUUAUUGUAGAAUGAAGGAGUUGGACAUAUCCUUAAAUGAGACCUCGCUGGAUGUAGUGCUCUUUGUCAUUGGGAAACUAAACUUGGCUGGUCCUUAUGCCGUGAGAAGUUCCAUCAUUCGUCCAAACUGUUGCAAGGUAGAAAAUCAAUUUGGGGUCGAUCUUCAUUGUCAAUUUGACAACAAGAAGAAUCUGACAAUAGGAAAAUUUCAGCAUGCUUUCAUCUCUCUGAGGCACCCAGGAUCACCAGACCAAUCUCUUGAGAGUGGACCAGUUAUUUCAUUUCAACUUUGUGUAACUGAAAAUUUUACAACUCCUAUCCAUAUUAGCAAGUUACAGGCCCAAACAUUUGCUUGGAAAACAAGAAUAAAAUCUUUGAAAGAUUCCAAAACUUAUCCAGGGCCGCUUAUUGUGGUUGACAUUUCUCAUCAUCCCGAGGAUGGUUUGUCCAUUGUGAUUUCCCCUAUGACAAGAAUACGUAAUGAAAGUGGACUAACCAUGGAACUUCGAUUUCGACGAAACCAACCAAAUGAAGAUGAAUGUGCUUCUGUGUUGCUAAAAUCUGAAGAUGUGAUUGAUGAUUCAAUGGCAAUGUUUGAUGCUUUAAAUUUGUCUGGUGGAUCAAGAAAAGCAUUAAACUCUUUAAGUGUUGGAAACUUCCUUCUUUCGUUUAGACCAAUGUUGCAUGAGGAAUUGAUGAUUUUUAAGAAUUCAAGGUCAGUUGACUGGUCAGAUGAUUUUAAGGGGGAAAAGGCAGUCCAUUUGUCUGGAAUUUUUGAUAAGUUAAGCUACAAAGUCAGAAAGGCUUUAAUGGUUGGGUUGGAGAAGUACUCCUUCAGCACAGCAAGUUGUAAGCUGUUAGUUGAUGAUGGACGUGAAGACUACUUGCACUUUCUGAUUCAGUGCAUUGGUAAGGAUGUGCAUAUAAUGCUGCCUGAUGAAUCUGGCAAUAGGUCUGAUAACAGCCAUUCAUCUGAUGUGCUACAAGUGCAGAAACAAAUUUUUCUUCUUCCUACCGUACGGGUGUUCAAUUCCUUGUAUUCAAAUAUACAUGUGCUUUUAACUGGGACAGAUCCUAGCACCAUAAAUGAGAAUUCACUUAUAGGAUCCGGAGCAACUGUAUCAUCUAAAUCAAAAGCUGAUUUCUACGUGAACCCUGCCAUUAUUCUUUUUACUGUUACUUUAACUGAAAUAAAUUCAACCUGCAAACCAGUGGAUAGUGGUGAUUUUAUGAAGAAGUUACUGAAACAGAAAAGUAAAGUCCAAUACAUAGACAUCAAUCUUGAUUUUGGUGGUGGGAAGUACUUUGCUUCCUUAAGAUUGGCUCGUGGCGAUAGAGGCAUAUUAGAGGCAACUCUUUUUACACCGUAUACACUGAAGAAUGACACAAAUUUUAAGCUGCAUUUUCUUACUUCCAAUAAGAUCCAUUACAGGGAUGUAGAAGAGAAUGGUUCCUGUCCUCCACAUUUAGGAAUAACUUUGCCUGCAUACUCCAGUCGUUCAUGGUUCUUAAAGUCCAAGAAGGUGUUUGUAGAGUCGGAAAAUUAUACAUCUGAAUCACUACUUGACUUGGACGCUCUAUCUGGCUUCACAGAAUUAAGCUUGCAAACUCAAGGAGAUGGCGUAGUAUCUUAUAUCAAACUUGGUGUUUCAUUGGGUUCACUGUUGAGAAAUACGGUUUUUCCAUCCCAACUUGUUACUAUAGUCCCACGAUAUGUAGUGAUUAAUGAAUCAAAAGAAAAUAUUACUGUUCGUCAGUGUUAUUUACAGAGUGAUGAAGAAAGCCCAAUCCAAGUAGAGAGUAAACAGAAAGUAACACUAAAACUGCAGGAGGGAAUCCAGAAGCGUAGAGGAUUCAGUCUAGUUGAAAAAAUUGUUCAGAAGCAUUCAAAAUCUAUGGAUGAUUCAUCAAAAUUUAUUAAGUUCUACCUGACUGGCUCUGAUUUAAGUUGGUCUGGCCCAAUAUGCAUUGCUUCAUUGGGACGAUUUUACCUGAAAUUCAGAAAGCAGCAAGAGGCUAAAGUUGAAUUUGCUGCAGUUCAUGUGGUGGAAGAAGGUUCAACAUUAAAUUUACACUUCCAUAAACCACCAAAUACCAACCUUCCAUACAGGAUUGAGAAUCGUUUGCUCAACUCUUCUAUUACAUACUAUCAGAAGGAUUCCGAGGAGCCAGAGGUCCUAGGAUCUGGAUGUAGCGUUGACUAUGUUUGGGAUGACCUGACUCAUCCACAUGAGCUAGUAGUCAAAAUUGACGGUACUGUUGUUCAAAUUUACGAGAGCCUUCGUGAAAUUAACUUGGACAAGUUGCGCACAUGGAAACCUUUAUUUAAGUCUAGGCUACCAGGAGGCUUGACAAGUCAAAUAUCUAGAAACUUUAGUGAUCCGGAGAUUAUGAAGGUUGGGUACGAAAUAUAUGCCGAUGGUCCAACCAGGGUUCUACGUAUUUGUGUGAAAUCUGAUUGUCACAAAGGAGAUUCAGUGAUUUCAUCUUCACAAAAAUUUCAACUCAGAAUUUCUAAUGUCGCAGUUCACUUACUUGAAUGUUGGAGGCAGGAGGGAUAUGGGAGUGAGCCAUCAGAAUGUAAGCCACUUGUAGCGGCUAAACUCAAGGACAUUAGUUUGUACUCUGUGUUCACAGAGCAGCAGAAAUAUAACCAGAUUACUAUUCAGUCACUGAAAUUGGAGGAGAAGAGAGAAGGAGCUACUUUUGCUGCAAUGCUUCGUAGGCAUCAACUUGAUUACAGUGACUCAAAUGAUUGUGUUCUCAAAAUUGUGUAUGUCCUGAACUCUACCAGCUUUCAAGUCAAGCAAGUGAAGUACUUCUCUGUCGUUCUGCAGCCAAUUGAUUUAAACCUUGACGAGGAGACCUUAAUGAGAAUUGCUCCAUUUUGGAGAACAUCUCUUGCGGAAUCAAAAACUGGGAGCCAGCAGUACUAUUUUGACCAUUUUGAGAUCCACCCGAUAAAGAUUUUUACAAAUUUCCUUCCUGAUGAAUCAUAUUCAAGUUACAGUUCAACACAGGAGACUCUGAGGACCUUGCUGCAUAGUGUAGUAAAGAUCCCUACGAUGAAAAAUGUGGUUGUUGAGCUCAAUGGUGUUCUAGUUACUCAUGCUUUGAUCACAGUACGUGAAUUAUUUCUUAGAUGUGCUCAACAUUAUUCAUGGUAUGCCAUGAGGGCUAUCUAUAUCGCAAAAGGAAGUUCACUGCUCCCUCCAGAUUUUAUUUCCAUCUUUGAUGAUUUGUCUUCAUCUUCCUUAGAUGUCUUUUUUGAUCCCUCUCGUGGGUUUAUGGGUUUUCCAGGGACUUUGAAGUUUAUCAAGAAAUUUAUUGAUGUGAAAAAGGGGUCAGGUACCAAACGCUAUCUUGGAGAUUUAGGACAAACUUUAAGGACAGCUGGAUCGAAUGUUAUGUUUGCUGCUAUAACUGAGAUUUCAGACUCUGUUCUCAAGGGAGCAGAAGCAAGUGGUUUUAAUGGAAUGGUGAGUGGAUUUCACCAAGGAAUACUAAAGAUAGCCAUGGAACCAUCUUUACUUGGGAGUGUAAUGAUGCAAGGUGGCCCACAGAGAGAUAUCAAACUUGAUCAAAGCCCAGGGGUUGAUGAGUUAUAUAUUGAAGGAUACCUGCAAGCUAUGCUGGAUACAUUGUACAAACAAGAAUACCUUAGAGUUAGAGUCGUUAACAAUCAGGUUACCCUAAAAAAUCUUCCCCCAAACACUCGUCUGACUGAUGAGAUCGUGAAUCGUGUGAAAGAUUUUCUUGUUAGCAAAGCAUUGUUAAAAGAAGAUUCGAGAAAGAGUAGUCGCCCUUUUCAACGUCUUCAACGUGAAAGUGAAUGGAAGAUUGGCCCUACAUUGCUAACGCUCUGUGAACAUCUCUUGGUAAGUUUUGCUAUCCGUAUGCUGAGAAAGGGUGUCAAGCAGAUUGUAGUCAGGAUUCCUCGGAACAAAGAACCGAAAUCUGAUAGUCAAAAAACCGAUCUUGCGUUAGUUCCAACUGACAAGAAACCCAAAGGUAAGUUCGUCUGGACUAUGGGAAUUGGCAAGUUUAUGCUGAACGGUAUUUUAGCGUAUCUUGAUGGUAUGUUGUGCCGUUAUAUCUCUAUUCCUAUCAUACGGCGGAUUGUAAGUGGUUUUCUCUUGACUCUCCUUGACAACGACAAGGAAUAAUUUUUUGUCUGGUCUAUAUCUGUCCUCUGUAUAUUUUUUAUGAUCAAAACAGAUUAUCUGCUGCACAAUGAUAAAAAUGUUGAGAAGGUUAUCUCAAAAGUAGUGUAGAUCUUAAAGGUAAUUUUCAAAACCGGUUGAUUGACAUGAAUGACAUCAAAUUUUGAAAUAUA